AUGGGUAAAGGGGGAAUGUCAAUUGAUGAUCAUGUUGAACAACAGAAUAUGGCUGCUUGGCUUGUUGGAUUAAACACUCUCAAGAUUCAACCUUUCAAUCUUCCAACUCUUGGACCUCAUGAUGUCAGAAUUAGAAUGAAAGCUGUUGGAAUCUGUGGGAGUGAUGUUCACUACCUCAAGACAAUGAGAUGUGCAGAUUUUAUUGUUAAAGAACCAAUGGUUAUUGGUCAUGAGUGUGCUGGGAUCAUAGAAGAAGUUGGUAGUGAAGUCAAGACAUUGGUGUCUGGUGACCGUGUCGCGAUCGAGCCUGGGAUCAGUUGUUGGCGUUGCAACCAUUGCAAACUUGGUCGAUAUAAUCUAUGCCCUGAUAUGAAGUUUUUUGCUACUCCGCCAGUUCAUGGUUCCCUUGCUAAUCAGAUAGUUCAUCCAGCAGAUCUAUGUUUUAAACUACCAGACAAUGUGAGCUUGGAGGAAGGGGCAAUGUGUGAACCCUUAAGUGUUGGCGUUCAUGCUUGUAGACGAGCUAAUAUUGGACCGGAAACAAAUGUGUUGAUUAUGGGAGCAGGACCUAUUGGACUUGUUACAAUGCUUUCGGCUCGCGCUUUUGGGGCACCUAGGAUUGUUGUCGUGGAUGUGGAUGACCAUCGUUUAUCUGUUGCAAAAAGUCUUGGCGCAGACGAUAUUGUUAAAGUUUCAACAAACAUUCAGGAUGUAGCGGACGAAGUUAAGCAAAUACAUAAUGUUAUGGGAGCUGGUGGCAAAGUUUGUCUUGUUGGAAUGGGUCAUUCUGAAAUGACUGUGCCACUCACGCCUGCUGCUGCAAGGGAAGUUGAUGUUGUUGGCAUUUUCCGCUAUAAGAAUACAUGGCCUCUUUGCCUUGAGUUUCUAAGGAGUGGAAAAAUUGAUGUAAAACCACUUAUAACUCAUAGGUUUGGAUUCUCGCAAAAGGAAGUGGAAGAAGCCUUUGAAACAAGUGCUCGGGGUGGUAAUGCUAUUAAGGUCAUGUUCAACCUUUAG